UUUCUGAAUUUGAGACUAUUUUGGAUUUUUUUGAAACAAAAUCCAAAUUCACGCAAUUUCAAAUUUCCAUUUCUUCGCGUAUUCUUCAUUUUCCGAUACCGGAAAUUCCAGAAUUCCAGAAAAAUGUAUCGUCAACUUAUUGAACAGCACAUCGAAGAAGUGAAUGUCCAACGGGAUGCGAGGCCACAAAAUUCGCUCAAAGAGCCCACAAUCAUUGAGCACAAAGAGCAAAAGAAGUCGUCGGAGAAGCCUGUCACAAUAAUUGUAGAAAAACCUGCGAAAGUGGCUGAGAAACCGAAAACGACGUCCUCCGAGAAAGAGAAUGCGGUUCCCGUUGACCCACUCGCUCGAAAAAUCAUCGAUGAGACUUCCCGUCUGUCGGAUCGUCAGAGAGAUGUUCUUCAGAAAACAUUUGCUCCAAUCUUGCAAGAUUGUGUCAGAAACGGCUUGAAAAUCUUCGUCCGAUUAUUCUCCGAGUAUCCACGCUACAAGUUGAUUUGGCCACAAUUCCGAGCAAUCCCUGAUUCAAGUCUAAUGAAUGCAGUAGAGUUGAGAAGACACGCUUCAGUGUACCUGAACGGCCUUGGAAAGAUCAUAGACUCGAUGAGAGACGAGGAGGCAUUGGGAAAAUCAAUGUCAAGAAUCGCAGUGGCUCAUAUCAAGUGGAAUGUUCAGAGGAAUCAUGUUAUUCACAUGAUUGAGCCUGUUCUGGAAGUCGUGAAGGAGUGUAAUGGCUAUCAGUUGGACGAUGAGACACGGCAAGCAUGGACAGUUUUGUAUCAAGUUAUUGCGGAUUUGAUUGAAGUUUUUCGUUGUCGUGCGUUGAACGACUAACCGCUGUUUUUUUUUGUAUUUUUCAAAUUUUUUCAAUAAAAUGAAUGUUCUUUUC